AUGAGUGUGUCUAAUACAAAUGGAGAAAACUCGAUUAAUGCGAAUGAUAAUAGUUUAACAUCAAGAUCAAAUAUAGGCGAAUCCAUAAACCUUAUAAUCGGUGCCGGGAUUUUUAUAACACCUGGUAGCAUUUGGAGACUUGUUCAAUCACCGGGAGCUGCUUUAAUGCUUUGGAUUGUUGGUGGUCUUUUGAAUUUAUUUAAAUUUUUUGUUUGGAGUUUUGUGGAAAGAAAGGAUAAUAUCGAAAUUUCCGAAGAAGACGCCAAAAAUUUAGAAAGAGUCGCUCAAAAUGGUCAAGUAGAUAAAACAACCAGGUCUAAUGCAUAUGCGUUUGCAUUCG